AUGGCCUCAAAAGCUUCAGUCGCAAAUGGACGCCACAGCUACAACGGUUAUGUCGCCGCUCGACCCGCCAUCCUCGGUCUGGCAAAGGUCCUCUUCCUCGGCCUCUGUCAGCUUUCCUACGCGUCAGCUGCGCCAGUGAGAGAGCUCCUGGGACUGGGGAAGAGAGAUGAAGAUCUGCCAAAGGCUCCGGAUGAUCCAAGCUUGUGGGCUUACCUUGGUGUUGCUGCCGUUCUGGUGUUACUGGGAGGCGCGUUUGCAGGACUGACCAUCGCAUUUAUGGGACAAGAUAACAUCCACCUUCAAGUCCUGGCGACCUCGAGCGAAGGAAGAGAGCAGAAGAACGCGCAGAAGGUUUACGCCCUGAUGAGGAAAGGGAAGCACUGGGUGCUCGUUACAUUACUUCUGUCCAACGUUGUUGUGAACGAAACGCUGCCAAUUGUACUCGAUCGGUCCCUAGGCGGAGGAUGGCCUGCGAUCGUUGGCAGUACAGUUCUGAUUGUUAUUUUCGGCGAAGUUAUUCCCCAGGCUGUCUGUGCCCGACAUGGCCUAGCUAUCGGCGCCUUUAUGCAACCUUUUGUCGUUGGCCUUAUGUGGAUUCUCGCACCAAUCGGCUGGCCAGCCGCACGAAUGCUUGAUUGGGCUCUGGGUGAGGAUCAUGGCUCCAUAUACAAGAAAUCGGGCUUAAAGACCUUGGUUACGCUUCAUAAGACUCUAGGGACUGUUCCCACCGAACGACUCAACCAAGACGAAGUUACGAUCAUAAGCGCAGUGUUGGAUUUGAAGGACAAGGCCGUGGGCGACAUCAUGACCCCGAUGGAAGAUGUGUUUACAAUGUCAGCGGAUACAGUCUUGGACGAGGUAACAAUGGAUGCCAUUCUCAGCGCGGGUUAUUCACGAAUCCCUAUCUAUGAACCAGGAAAUGAGCAGAACUUUGUCGGUAUGCUCUUGGUCAAGAUUUUGAUUACCUACGAUCCGGAAGACUGUAAGAAGGUUAGCGAGUUUGCGCUCGCGACGCUGCCAGAGACACGUCCCGAGACAAGCUGCCUUGACAUCGUCAAUUUCUUCCAAGAGGGAAAAUCACAUAUGGUCCUGGUAUCAGAGGAUCCAGGCGAGAAUUAUGGUGCCAUUGGGGUCGUGACACUAGAAGAUGUUAUUGAAGAAUUGAUCGGCGAGGAAAUUAUCGAUGAAUCCGAUGUCUACAUCGACGUCCACAAAGCCAUCAGACGCAUUACGCCAGCCCCGAAGGCACGUCUCCAAAGGGCCCACUCCGUGGCACACUCAGACCCUGCUUCUCGUGCCGCAGAAGAAGACCUUAUCGAUCUCGUCGAGGGGCAAGGCCCUGAUCUUGCCAACCGAGCCACGAGCGGAGAUAACCGAAGUAAUAGCCCAGCCGUGUUCGGAACAAGCCCCAAGGCUACCUUUCUCCGGAGGAGUUCUGGCGGUGAUUACAAAAGUGUCACCGUUCGGGGCAAUAUUAAUGAUAUGCGGGAACAUCUUAAGCAUCUUGGUCCCUCAAAUCUUGCCAGUCGUCCAAAGUCGACCCGGUACAACACUGUUAAAAUCAAGACAGGUGGUCCAACGGGCAGGUCCAAUUCUAGAGCCAACUCGAUAACCCAUCGUGACUCGAUCGUAGGGGAACCGUACCAUGACGAUCCGGCACCGCAAGGCGGGGAGGGCGAGGGCUUGCUCUCAGCUGGGAAAGAUGCCAAGGACGGAGUGCAAGCGUUACAACAGGGCUACGGAUCUUUCGACCCCCCACGAUCUCCUGAUUCUGGUAAAGGUACCAACGUAGAGCAAGGUGAUCCCGUUGGUUAUCCCCUAGAGCCAAAACCAUCACCACCCUCGCCUGGAAAAUACCGUUCUCCUGAGCGGGGCUUGGCCAUCCAUAGUGGGGAAAGCAAUGAUACCCUUACAACUUUGCAAUCAAGUCAUGCUCCCCCAGGCCGCAAGAGACACGCUGCCCGAAGCGGUAGCAUUACAGAGAAUAUUAUCGAGGCCGGUGGGGUUCGUAAGGUAGUGCUAGAGACUACCAGUAGCUCUGAAGAAAAUAGGGACGACCGAGAAAAUGAGAUGGAAGCCCAAGGAGGUCCACCACGUAUGCCGCCGGGUGGAGUCGAUGGCAAUACAGAUGAGCCCCCGAACGACUCGGAAAGAGUUGCUUCGGAAAAUAUAGGCGAGGGCAAAAAAAAGCGAAGACGAACUCGGCAUAGGAAAAAGAGUACUAAAAACGGCGAAGGAAGUUCGGCGCCUGGAGGGUCAGGAUCUGCGCAGUGA